UUUUGUACAAUAAAGUUAAACAAAAAAAGCAGGUCUCAAAGCUGGAUGAUUUCUGCGGUAGGCCUGCUAACGCGCUGGUGAAGCUAUCGCUGGCGGCGCGCUGCUACCGGGAUCAUGUUUGUGGCUCGUAGUAUCGCGGCGGAUCACAAAGAUCUAAUUCACGAUGUGUCGUACGACUUUCACGGCCGGAGAAUGGCGACUUGCUCCAGUGACCAGAGUGUGAAGGUUUGGGACAAAAGCGAGAGUGGAGAGUGGCUCUGCACAGCCAGCUGGAAGACACACAGCGGCUCAGUGUGGAGAGUGACCUGGGCUCAUCCAGAGUUCGGGCAGGUUUUGGCCUCCUGCUCCUUUGACCGAACCGCUGCGGUUUGGGAGGAGAUUGUAGGAGAAUCCAACGACAAGCAGAGAGGCUUGAGCCACUGGAUUAAGAGGACCACACUUGUGGACAGUAGGACAUCAGUGACCGAUGUGAAGUUUGCUCCUAAACACAUGGGUCUGAUGCUGACCACCUGCUCUGCGGACGGCGUGGUGAGGAUCUACGAAGCUCCGGAUGUGAUGAACCUGAGCCAGUGGUCGCUGCAACACGAGAUCUCAUGCAAGCUCAGCUGCAGCUGCAUUUCAUGGAACCCCUCCAGCUCACGGGCUCACCCUUCCAUGUUUGCCGUGGGCAGUGAUGACAGCAACAUCGCGAGCGGUGGGAAGGUUCAGAUCUAUGAGUACAACGAAAACACACGGAAAUACGGCAAAGUGGAGACUCUGAUGACUGUCACCGACGCAGUCCACGACAUCGCGUUCGCUCCCAACCUGGGGAGAUCUUUCCAUGUUCUCGCUAUUGCAACAAAAGAUGUCAGAAUAUUCAAGCUUGCCCCCAUGAGGAAGGAGAGCUCAUCCACCGGACCCAGCAAGUUUGAGGUGCAGAUUGUUGCGCAGUUCGACAAUCACAACUCCCAGGUGUGGCGUGUGAGCUGGAACAUCACAAGCACCCUGCUGGCUUCCUCUGGGGACGAUGGCUGCGUGCGGUUAUGGAAGGCAAACUACAUGGACAACUGGAAGUGCACCGGCAUCCUAAGGGGAGACGGCAGCCCGCUGAGCGCGUCUUCAGGUCAGCCCAUCAGCACCAUGGUGGGCUCUUCCCUCCUCUCCCAGAAUGCUCUGAAUGGGAUAUCAGCAGGAAGGAUUGGCAGGAGAGCUCCGUUUGCUCCUCCCCUGCGGCCGCUGACCUCCUCAAAGAUAGACCAGACUCCUGCAUAUUACUAAUGAUCUGGUGAAUAGCUGUUUGCCCACAGAAGGAAUGUCUGGGGUUCACUGACAUUACUUUUAGUGCACAACAACCACAUGCAUGAACAGUAGCUAGGUUUGAUUCCCUGAUUGACAGGUUGUCUGAUGCUUCACACUGGUUUUAUUAGGGUGGUUUUUUAAAGAAUAAAAGUCUCGUUCCGGCCCACCUGACAUUACUUCCUGUUUAGUUUCUGUUGCAGACAUACUUCAUUUCUCAGUUUAAUUUUUUAUUCUACUUCCUGUUUCAUGUCCUCCCUUGUGCACUCCUCAUUUUGUUCUUCCCUGUCUGUAUUUUUCGACUCUGUUUCCCUUCCUCUGCCUGUCCGUCCGUUCUUG